UUCUUUUCCGUUUUUAAUUUCCAUUUUACUGACCGAGGGAUAAUUAAGUGUUUGAACUAUUUGGGUAAGAAGUUACUUUAACUACUACCUACCCUUUAGUCUCAUACAUAUACAUACAUCCAUACAUCCAUCCUUCCCUCCAUGGAUCCUAUGUAUUGACUUCCUCCGUACCUUACCUCGAAGCCUUGUGACCCUCACACCCCCCUGUGUCAUCUUUGAAUGGAAAAGUCCCGAUCUUUAUUACAGAUCCUUUGAUCCUUUGCAUAUUGCAUUCCUGCAGUCACCCAUGGGGCUUAUCCACACAUAAUAUUCCCUACAUAUAAGCCUACCAACCCUUUUCUAUCACGGGUCUCCCUUUCACCCUUCCAUUUCAUACAAAUAUCCUCCCUCUUCUUCACAUACACCGUGACUGUCCAUCUUCUACUGCUUUCAAUGGCCAAUUAUAUCCAGCCCCAAGUCUCUCAGCCGGACUCCCACUGGCUUCAGACAGACCAGCAUUGUAUGCCGUCUUCCAGCUUCCGUGACAUGAUGUAUGCUUUCCCUAGACCGAGGCAUACGGGUCGAGUGAUGAAGCCUCGGAGUGCGGGCAACAGUCCCUCGUCUACUGGCAGAUGGAGGGCAGCGGCAUCACAUGGGUCGCCAAUCUAUCAACCAGUCCAAGCUCAGUCGUAUCAAACUCAGGUCAAUCCUGCUCUCCUGGCUUCCGCUCUGAGAAGGAGGCGAGCAACGGCAACUCGCCCAAUCAGUUGGCAUCCAGCAUCACUAGAAACUGCUGCGUAUUCAUCCCCGCCAUACUUUCAAACAACAGCCGCAGAAAACUUUGGAGUCAUGGCUCCGUCGACUCAGUCUAUGGGUCCAGCCCCAACAACACUCGCAGACGGAACUAUGCUGCCAUUAUAUGCCUCACCGGAGUUCUCGGCACCAACGGAAGCAUUCUCCUUUACCGCCAUGCCAGACCCAGCAUCGAUGCAACAGUCCUCUUUCCUAGACAUGAGCGGCUCCCAGAUCGACCCGGUCACGUGGGAUAACAGUGUACCCAACGUGACCACCAUGGUUCAACCAAUGCCCGAUAGCUGGCCCUUCGACAUGAUGUCUAUGAACAAUAGCAUUCCAUCGGCAGAUGUUGAGGCUUCGGGAUAUGCAAGUGCACCGUCGUCGGGCUAUUUGACGGGACCAUCCACACCCGACUUCCUUCCCAUUCAGCAUCCAGACAGUACCUCCAAGUCACUGCAUGAAUCGACCACUGAUGAACAGCCUGGGGAUGAACUUGUUGGAAUGGGUCUUUACAAUCACCCUGACCCUUUCCUGGACACCUCGUUCCAUGAGGUGCCUGGGAAGGGUCUCAAGCUGGAGGAGACUUUCACACCCUCGUCGGAGGAUGAAGCAGAUGACAGCAAAGAUGCCGAGAGUGAAGACGACAACCAAGAGACCGCAGAACAUGCCAGCGCCUCCAGCUCUGCUCCAGUCCAGAAACAGCCGGCCAACCCAACGGCCAACAUGAUGCACAAGUCAUUCUUCUUUGAUGAUGAUGACAUCGAACAGCAGACCAUGUCUGCACCCCAGCAGCUCUUCAACCUAGGAAGUCAGCCUUGCAUGAAUUAUGGAUACGGAUGGAUCUAGCCGUCCUGAUGACACUUGUUCAUUCUCUCUCUCUUGUUUCUUUCUUUUUGUUUUUCUUUUUUUUUUUUU